AUGAACCAAAAAUCUAUUUUUUUAUUUAUUUUAUUGAUACCACUCGAUAAAAGAGAAACUCAAUUUCAAGAUUGUAGUGAUGGUAAUUUUGCGAGUGCGAAAUUAAUCCAUGUAGCAAUGUCACCUGAUCCACUAGUUUCUCAACAGAGUGUUACUUUUACUGUUUCUGGAUCUCUAGACUAUGAUAUAAAAGACAAUGGACUGAUUGUAGCUCAAUUAGAUGGUGAAGGCAAUACUAACAUAGACCGUUUUGCGAGUCCUGCUAAAUCAACUAAAGCUGGUCAACCAUUUAGUAUGACAACACGACAACAUACUCUACCAGAUAUUCCACUCAACUACCGUAUUACAGUUUUUAUUGUGAAUCCGACUCCUCAGCAUAACAAUACUAGAGACAUUAUAGGUUGUGCAACAGCAAAAGUUG